AUCCAACCCCCUACGACAACGUAAACUCGUCCACUACUGAACUGCCAACAUGUCAGCUGAAACGGAAAAUGUGGAAAAGUUGCUUGACAAAUAUUUACCGCCAGCAGAGUUGUCAGAAGUAAAGCGACUUCUAUAUGGAAGGCAAUUAAGGAGUCUUGACAUCCCUGCUGCUGCUGCCUCUCUGGCAGAGGAGAAGGACUUCGAGUUACAGGGGUAUGCAUUUGAUGCGGCUGAAGAGAGUACCCGACCUCCACGGAUAGUCAGGGUCGGAGCUGUUCAAAACCAGAUCGUGUUACCAACCACAGCACCUGUACCAGAGCAGAGAGAUGCCCUCAUAAAGAGGAUCUGUGACAUAGCUGAGGCUGCUGCCCUGUGUGGAGUGAACAUCCUGUGUUUCCAGGAGGCUUGGAAUAUGCCAUUUGCCUUCUGCACCAGAGAGAAAUCCCCAUGGUGCGAGUUUGCUGAGUCAGCAGAAAAUGGACCUACAGUGAAAGCGAUGCAAGAACUGUGCAAGAAGCACAACAUGGUUGUAGUGAGCUCCAUCUUGGAACGGGACGAGGCCCAUGGCGAAAUCCUGGCCAACACCACAGUUAUUAUCUCCAACACGGGUGCUGUGAUCGGCAAAAGUCGCAAGAAUCAUAUUCCAAGGAUAGGAGACUUCAAUGAGUCAACCUACUACAUGGAAGGCAACACAGGACACAGGGUGUUCCAGACGCAGUUUGGUAAGAUUGGUGUGAACAUCUGCUAUGGGCGUCACCAUCCACUCAACUGGUUGAUGUAUGGUGUCAAUGGAGCUGAAAUUGUCUUCAAUCCAUCUGCAACUGUCUCAGGACUCAGUGAAACAAUGUGGCCAAUUGAAGCGCGCUGUGCAGCUAUUGCCAACACAUACUUCACUGUUGCCAUCAACAGAGUGGGCACGGAAUUCUUCCCCAAUGAGUUUACCUCUGGAUCAGGCCAGCCUGCUCACAAAGACUUUGGCCAUUUCUAUGGAUCCAGCUAUGUUGCUGGUCCAGAUGGAAGCCGCACCCCGUCAUUGUCUCGUACCCGUGAUGGGCUCUUGGUGACUGAGAUGGACCUCAACUUGUGUCGCCAGGUGAAUGACAGGUGGAACUUCAGGAUGACCCAGAGGCUAGAUAUGUACCAACAGGAGCUGACAGAGGCAGUCAGAGAUGAUUAUGUUCCCAAUGUCGUCAAAGAAGCCUAGGGGAUGACACUGGCUCAAGACCCUAGCCUGGCUGUGGGAUUAUAUACUGUUGUCUUAAUUCUUACUUUGUCAGGAGUAGAUAAUCAGAAUGAAAUGAGGGUAAAAUCAUCAUCUCCUGAAGUGAUCAUACAAUAUAUAGAGUAUUAUUGUUAUUCUUGAUCUAGAUCUGACACUGGAGGUUAAAUCUGCAAGAGAUGUUCUAACAUCUUACAGAUAGAUCUGUGUUCGCUUCACAUGUAAUGAAAGAACUCAGGUUGUUGUUUUAUUUACUCAUAUAGUAUGUAUAUAUAUCAAGCAGAGACCUGCAGAUAUAGGUAACAGUCUUGAAAGUAGACAUGACUACACAGUGGGAGAUUAGAAUGGUGUAUUGAGGAUGUAUCAGCUGUGGGGACAGCCCGGCAGGUUGAACAGCAAGUCUCUGCCUCUGUCUGUGAAAACCUGUCACAUGUGAUAAGGGGCAAACACUCACCCAGACCAUCUGUUCUGUGAACACACAAGUCAUCCAACCUAGUGAAGAUGUUACCAGCAAACUUUGGGUUAAUACAUACAUUGGCCAAGUAGUAAAGCAAUGCUUGUGUUUCAUAGUAUACUGUCUGAUCCAGGGCCUCCUUUCGCAAAGUUAAAGAAAGUCUUUAACCUUAGUGCAAUGUUAAAGAAUGGGAAGUAAGGUUACCCUUAGUAUAAGUUUGCUUCGUGAAAGGAGCCCCAAGACAACAUUAUAUUUGCACACAUGGUUUAAAGAUUUAAACGUUGAUAGACAUGGCUGCACAUGUAGUUGUAGGGGUAGUAUAGUUUGAUUCUGGGACUCUAUCCUUGCACUAAAGAUUAUUGCAAUAACUGUACUGUCAGCUUGUGAUGGAACUUUAUUCGAGAAGAUACUUUGAUUUAUAUGAUUGUGUUAUAGCACUAUACAGAUAAGUAUGUAAAAAGAAGCAUGUUUGUAAUGCAUAUAUACUCAUAACUAAACGUUUUGCAUGGGCAGAUACUGGUUUGCUGCAAAAAUGUAAAUAUUGGCACCAGACCAAAGACAAAUGUAUGUAUAAUUCAUUGUUCAUGAUUAAUAAAAACGACCAGCUUUUGGUGAGAGAACCAUACCAGAUGCCCACGUAACAGACCAGGCAUGUCUGUUGGAAACAGUAUUGUUUAGAAGCAUUUCCACAUCAAUAAAGUAUGCUUGUCUAACUAA